ACUUUCUGAGCCAUUAGUCGUCAAUUGGAAACUAUACUCUUUGCAUCAUUCGAAAAAUCCAAAUGGAACGCUUCAGCGUCAUUCUCUUUACCCUCUGCUCUCUCGCAAUCCAAGCAGGCUCAACACCCGCAGGGUUGUCAACGAUUGAAACUUUGUGGGACAACACACGUAACGUAAGCGAUGCCGAGAAUCAUGAAGCAGUCCUGCUGAAAUCGCAGAACGUGCAAAACAGUACUAAGCAGUUUUUGAUUGAUGAAGAUCCCGUGAGGAACACUACCGAGAUUGGGGAAUAUGCGAAGGAUUCGUCACACUUAAAGGCAGCAAAUGUAUCGACAACUUUAAGUAGCGACUUUUCAAACAGCUAUGCCAAGGAUACGCAACACUCAAAACACAACGAAGAUCACAAAGACGAUGCAUAUCACAAAGAAGGACCUGCAGGAAUCUUAUCAUCACACGAUAUUUUAUUGGAUCCUAGUUUGAUACCAGCUCGUCUAAGUCGCCAAGCUGAAAAGAUUGAUGUGGAUUACUCGAAUCUUGCAUCGAUCGAGAACAUCUCUAGCGGCAUUGAGCCUAACAAUCACGACGAAAGUAGGAAAAAUGUCGUUCCAUUGAAACGGAGUUCGAAUUUCGAGGAUGAUCUCGGUGUAGCUGAAGAUAGGUAUCCGCCUCCAUAUCCGUAUUGGAAUCCGUAUUACCAAAGACAGUUUCCAAAUCAAAGAUAUCGAAUAAACGACCGGAGGGAGCCUUAUCAUAACUAUUGGAGAUAUCCUGUAUUUCCGGGAAAAUAAAUCUGGAAACGUUUCUGAAAGCUUUUUCUUUCUUUCCGUUUUAAAAAGGAAAUUAGUUUUGCAUAGCCAGAUUUCUGUAAGUAGAUCUUAGAAAAUAGUAAUGAUAAAAUAUAUUCUCGAAAAAAAUAGAGAAA